AUGAAGGAAAAAGUGAUCUUUCAAAUAAGAAUACAUGAAGAUGAAAAUAGAGAAAGUCUUACACCUAUUCGUUUUGAUCCAAAUUUUGGCUUACAUGAAGAUAUUGAACAAACUAAAGAAGAACUUCGUGAUCUUAAUGAUUAUCCAGUUCUUUCGUUAAAUAUAGAACUUUUACAAAAAAUGUUUGUCCCAUGGAAUGGGAUUAUUCCAUCCACGCGGAGCCCUGCCGUAUAG